AUGCGUGUGAGCAAUAAUAGCACCCUGAUUCGGACCGAAUUUAUUGCUAUCGGACAAAAAUACUUUUAUUCCUUUUUUUUCUCUCGCCAUUUUUUUUCCCGCCUUCUCCUCCUCCGCAGCGCCCUCCCCUUCCCCCACCAGUCAUGGCCCUUCCCAAAACGCCAUUCUCCAAACUCCUCUCUCUCCUCUCUCCUUCUCUUUUUCAUCCUCUUCCCCCUCCUAUUCCGAUCUCACUCCCAACGAGUUUCGCGCCGCACGCCUAGAGCUCUCCCUGGGUCUUGCCUCCGUGGCGGCGCUGCGCCGCGCCGGGGAUCGUCCCGUGUUCUGGAACCUUACGAGGAGGCGAAGCUGCUUGUGCGCGAGCGCGACCUCGGCGGCGGCGGCAGCGGCGCGGAGGAACUCGCGGUUGAGGACAGCAUUGUAGAAGACGAAAGUCUCGACGAGGUAGGAGGAAUCGCUAGUGCGGCGGUACCGGCCGUAGUAGAGCUGGGCAAUGCGGGACGUGACCUCGGCCACCUCAAGAUCGCGGUCCGAGUCCUACUCUCCGGCGAGAGAGAUGAGAGCGUCCAAGAAAUGCAAUUUUUUAAGUCUUACGAAGAAGGUAGGAUGCGGGCCCUUGGUGGCAGCGGUAGCGAAGCGGAGAAUGUGGGAUGCGGCAGCAGCAGCGGCGCGGGUGGCGGCCGCGGCAUCGUGUGGGAUGCGGGCCCUUGGCGGCGGCGGUAGCGGGGCGCGGUGGAGCGGAGAAGUUGGGAUGUGGUAGCGGCAACGGCGCACGUGGCAGCAGCGGUGCAGGUAGAGGGAUCGGGAGGAGAUUCGGGCGCGGUGGGGUCGGACGGAGAGGAGGAAGGAGGGGAGGCGGGGCUGGUAGUAGAGGUAGGCUAACGCCAACGCAGCGGCAGCGGCGGCGGCGAGUGCAAGCGCGGCGGCGGGGGUGCAGCAGUGGGCGCAGCGGCGGGUGGCGUUAGAAAAAAAAUAGCGAAGGAAAAAAAAAAGAGAGAGAAAAAAAGAAGAGAGAGAAAGAAAAUGAAUAACGGUAUUUUCGUUCGAUGGUGAAAAAUUCGGCUUGAAUCUGCAAAAUUGAAAAAUAUGGUCAAGUGUUGCAAAUGCUCAAAACUUGUGAAUUUUUUA